AUGAUAAAGACAGCUAACAACUCAGUUCUUUGUUUCACAUAUGACGCCGAUGAAAAGGCUAAACGUCAAGGUCUACGCAAGGUCGACUUUCAUAUUCGUGUGCAGGAAGAUAAAUAUAGAAAUCGUAGCGAAAGUCCUGAUCCUAAGGUACGAUUUGCACAUUCACAUCUAGCUGUGAGGUCCAAAAGAAGACUUGGAAGUAUCUUUGUUUGGCGAACUAGGCGUUUGUCCGGACUAAUCACUUUCGAUUUCACUGCCGCUCAAGGCUCCGAAGAAGACGAACUCAUGAGAAAGACAGUCGAGAACAAGAAUACAAGUUAG